ACCCUUAUACAUCUCUAAUUAUCAUAAAAUGUGCGAAGACGCUAACGCCAUCCCACCUACCGGCGGCUUCAAAGAAGUUGGCGAGGCCACAAACCGCAACAUCCAACAGAACCCCUAUGGGCCGAAUCCAGCCGAUUUCCUCUCCAACGUGUCCAAUUUUGAGUUGAUCGAAUCCACCUUGAGAGAGGGUGAACAGUUUGCUAACGCGUUCUUCACCACCGAGAAGAAGAUCGAGAUUGCCAAGGCGUUGGAUGACUUUGGGGUUGAUUAUAUCGAGUUGACCUCCCCUGUCGCCUCCGAACAGUCGCGUAAGGACUGUGAGGCGAUCUGCAAGCUUGGUUUGAAGGCCAAGAUCUUGACCCAUAUCAGAUGCCACAUGGACGAUGCCAGAGUCGCCGUUGAAACCGGUGUUGACGGUGUGGAUGUGGUUAUCGGCACCUCCCAGUUUUUGAGGCAGUACUCACACGGGAAGGACAUGAACUACAUUGCACAGUCUGCCGUGGAGGUUAUUGAGUUUGUCAAGUCCAAGGGGAUUGAGAUUCGUUUCUCGUCUGAGGACUCCUUCAGAUCCGAUAUUGUCGAUUUGUUGAACAUCUACCGAACCGUCGACAAGAUCGGGGUUAACCGAGUCGGUAUUGCCGACACCGUCGGGUGUGCCAACCCCAGACAGGUCUACGAUUUGGUGCGCACGUUAAAGUCGGUCGUCUCGUGUGACAUUGAGUGCCAUUUCCACAACGACACCGGGUGCGCGAUCGCCAAUGCUUACACCGCGUUGGAAGGCGGUGCCAAGUUGAUUGACGUUUCCGUUUUGGGAAUUGGUGAGAGAAACGGGAUCACCCCGCUCGGGGGGCUCAUGGCGCGUAUGAUUGCGGCUGACAGAGACUACGUUUUGUCCAAGUACAAGUUGCACAAGUUGAGAGACUUGGAAAACUUGGUUGCGGAGGCCGUUCAGGUUAAUAUCCCGUUCAACAACCCGAUCACCGGUUUCUGCGCCUUCACCCACAAGGCUGGUAUCCACGCCAAGGCUAUUUUGGCCAACCCAUCCACCUACGAGAUCCUCAACCCGUCUGAUUUCGGUUUAACCAGAUAUAUCCAUUUUGCUAACAGGUUGACAGGUUGGAACGCCAUCAAGUCGCGUGUGGACCAGUUGAAUUUGCACUUGACCGACGACCAGUGCAAGGAGGUCACCACCAAGAUCAAGAAGUUGGGUGAUGUCCGUGCCUUGAACAUCGACGACGUGGACUCCAUCAUCAAGAACUUCCAUCAGGACGUCAGUAGUCCGGUUAUCAUGCCUUCUGGCGGUACCAAAUUCGAAGACUUUGAUUUUUUGGAUGGCGACCUCAGCAACAAGAGGCAGCACAUCUAAACACGGUUUAUACCUUUCUAUUUAUUAAUUACAAUGGUGUGUGGGUAGUUCUCCAGGUGUAGGCUCUACGCCAGUUGUAUUUUGGGCUUUGAUGACUGGUUAGACCAGAAAUUAAAAUUUUACGUGAUCUAGCAUUCUCCGUGAGAGAAAUAAAGGACCAAGGAGUGCUGUAAUGUAUAUGCAAUGGUUAAACCGGGUAAAAGCUACUGAAUGAAUUUUCCGUUCAGUCACCAGCUUCAUACGCCUGAUCUGUGGAUGGUUGGAAAGGAAGUGGUGGAUUAAUGUCUGAGAUGUGGUUCAAAUGAUUAUGGCGUAGUCCACCGUCAGCUUUCCUAAAUAGAGCUAUGUGUAUUAAAUAUGUAUGGAUUUGGUCUUGUUGGUGAC